AUGGAGUCUGACGAGAACGAACCUGUGACGACUCGCGAGAUCCGAGCGAAUGGAAAUUGCGUCAAACUGUCAGAGGUUGAGGCCGAGGUUGAUGCAGGAAAUGUUGAAGGAGCAGAAACAACAUUGCGUGACGGGUUGUCUCUAACUUCCGAGACUGAUCCCAGUUCUCAACCUACCAUUGCAAUAUGUACUACCUUAAAGUCAGAAGGAUCCUCGUCAUCGAAGGAAUGGAGGGUCAUUGAAGCAAAAGCUCUUAUUGGAAAGUUAGAGUAUCAAAGAGGUAACGUGGAAAAUGCUCUUCGUAUGUUUGAUGAGAUUGAUGUUCAAGCAGUCAUACAACAAUUGCAAACCUCCCUUUCUGAGAGAACACCUGUCAAGAAUACUUUGAUGCUUGAAGCCGUCUACCUAAAAGCUAAGUCUCUACAAAAAUUGGACAAACUUACUGAAGCUGUUAAUGAAUGCAAGGGUGUUGUUGAUGCUGUUGAGAAGGCAUUUAGCCAGGGUACACCUGAUACAGUGGACAAUAAAUUGCAGGAGAUAAUCAGUCAUGCAGUGGAGCUCCUUCCAGAGCUUUGGAAACAGUCUGGUUGCUAUAAUGAGGCUUUGUCUGCUUAUAGGAGUGCCCUCCUUAGUCAAUGGAAUCUUGAUGAUGAUUUUAUUGCAAGAAUUCAGAAGGCAUUGGCUGUGUUUUUGCUGUACAGUGAAAUGGAGACAAGUCCACCUAAUAAGACUGAUGGGUCUUACGUACCCAAAAACAAUCUGGAAGAGGGAAUUCUUCUUCUUAUGAUUAUUUUGAGAAACUUCAUCCUUGGUAAGAUAAAGUGGGAUCCUUUAGUUAUGGAACACCUGAUUUUCACACUUUCAGCAUGUGGACAAACUUCUAUUUUAGCAAAGCAAUUUGAAGAGUUGACACCUGGUGUAUAUCACCGUAUUGAUCGUUGGAAUUUUUUAGCUUUGUGUAAUAUUGGAUCUGGAGAAAAUAAGAGUGCGUUGAGUCUGCUUAGGAUGUCUUUGCAUAAACAUGAACGACCAAAUGACCUUAUAUCAUUAUUAUUGGCUACCAAAAUUUGUAGCGAGGAUCCUCAUCUUGGUGCUGAGGGAGCAGGUUAUGCACAAAGAGUAAUCAAUAAUGCUCAGGGAUUAGAUGAGCAUUUGAAGGGUGUGGGUCUUAGGAUGCUGGGACUUUGCCUAGGAAAACAAGCUAAGGUUUCUUCUUCUGACUUUGAGAGGUCUAAGCUUCAAUCCAGAGCUCUGCAAUCAUUGGAGGAGGCAGUUAGAUUGGAGCAAAACAAUGCCGAUCUAUUUUUUGAAUUGGCCAUUCAAUAUGCUAUGCACCGAAAUUUAACUGCUGCUUUAUCCUGUGCCAAGCAGUUCUUUGACAAAACUGGUGGCUCUAAAUUGAAUGGUUGGAGAUUGAUUGCUCUUGUUUUGUCUGCACAAAAAAGAUUUCCAGAGGCCGAAGUGGUUAUUGAUGCAGCUUUAGACGAGACUGCAAAAUGGGAGCAGGGGCCCCUUCUCAGGCUGAAAGCCAAGUUAAAGAUCUCCCAAUUACGGCCCAUGGAUGCUAUUGAAACUUAUCGGUACCUUCUUGCGUUGGUUCAGGCCCAGAAGAAAUCAUCCGGGCCUCUGGUAAUGGAAACUAAGAAAAUAGGAGCACUAGUCAUAAAAGCAAGUUUAUUGUUUAACAAGGAUGGAGAACAGAGGAAAGCGGAGGAUUAUAAGAUAAACGAACUUGAAGUUUGGCAUGGUCUGGCAAAUUUAUAUGCGAGCCUUUCUCACUGGAAGGAUGCAGAAAUCUGUUUGCAAAAGGCCAGAGAGUUACAGGAAUACUCACCAGCAACAAUACACGCUGAAGGCAAGAAUAAAUGUAUUGUGUUCGAAGGUCGUGGACAAGAUCUAGAAGCUCUCGUUGCUACGUUGAAUGCGGUCCUAUUUGAACCAAACUACGUGCCAAGCAAGAUCUUGAUGGCUUCUUUGAUACUGAAAAUUGGUUUAAAUACUGCUGCGCCUGUUGCUAGAUGCUUACUUUCUGACGCACUUAGAAUAGAACCCACCAACCGUAUGGCUUGGUAUAACUUGGGAUUAACUCACAAGGCUGAUGGCCGAAUAGUUGAUGCUGCUGAUUGCUUCCAGGCAGCUUCCAUGCUUGAAGAAUCUGAUCCCAUUGAAAGUUUCAGCUCUUUGCUUUGA